UCUUGAAGCGGCAAUGGGGCAGCACGACGAGACGGCGCAGCGCUUUGCCGGUCCUUUCGUGCUGGGUGAGCGUCCGCUGACCCAUGGCCGAUGCUUGUACUGCACCGCGCCGGUGACGGCACCCAAGUGCGCAGUGUGCAGUCGUCCAGUCGACGUUCCUUGGCUCACGACGGCCUCGGUGACGAUACGCCUAGGCUCGCGCCUUCAACUGCCGACGGCGCGAACGACGCUCGUGGGCGUCGUCGUGGCCUUUGACGUGUAUGCCAAGUCGCUGGAGCUGCUCACGGGCGUUCAGAGCCAGCCAAGUGUGCAGUGGAAGCUCCAGCGACUGCGUGCGUCCGUCGUAACUGGCGUUGAGACGCUGUCGCCCGAGAGCACGUGGCAUGGAAUCCUCGAUAGCUACGGCUAUUGCCGCGACUGCCGGUCGCCCUAUCGCAUCGGCAACGCGCGCCAGCUGCUCGAUCCGAGCGCUGUGCGCGCCAACGUGGCCAAGAAGGAGCGGCUGCGCUUCCACGAGGCGCAGAGGCAGGGGCUUCUCGAGGCCAAGGCGGCGGCGCGCGCGGCCCACGCGCCGUCCCGGACGCUCGUUGAGCUCUCGGCCAAGCUCCGUGACGAAGAGAUCAACAUCCUGCGCGCCAAGCGAGACCUCGAGCCCGUUCAAGUGGCGUGUCCCCACUGCGGCUGGGUUGCGCCAUCAAGCACCGCGCACGGCGACGUCAAGGGCUAGCCACUUCGGGGGACAGAGCUCACGUUGACUCGCAGCAUUGCCGUACUGUAGUGUCACUUGAUCACCGCGCUUGCUAAAUCCAUGUGACAGACUCGAGAUGACUUCAC